AUGGACCCAAGUGCUUAUAAAAAUUUCCCCGUUUUCUACUUGAAGCGGAAAGAACCAGUAAACGUGGAGAACGAGAAAUUGAUGCCCAACCUAAACACACUAGAAGAGUACAUUAAUGUCUGUUUCAGCAAUCUACCUUACCAAGAACUAUUUGUAGAUAAUAAAAAGAAGUUCCAAAUCGAAGGCUUAUGUGAUUUUUUUGUUUUUUACAACUGCGAUAGUGUUAUAUGCGCAUUGAUAGAGAAACAUUGUAAAAAUAAAACGUUAUGUUUUCUUAGUGAUUUGUGUGAAAAAAUAGACAAUCAAUACUUCCAAAAUGGGGAUCAUUUUUUAAAACAUUUUGUAAAAACAUGGAAUAAUUUUUCGUCCGUUGUAGUUCAUUUAGACGAACUGUUCAAGUCCUUCAGGACGUAUAAUAAAAUUGCCUGCUCCAAUUUUGAGUGCCCAUCAUACAUAUUUAAUCAGUUAUGGAAGAAGUGCAUAAAUAGGUGUGUACGUGUGAAGAGGAUCCUCAUUCGCAGCGCUUGUGAUUAUUUAAAAUGUGACAAGGUGUUUUGUGAAACGAAGUUUUAUCAGUACAUUUGUAUGAACAUGCACGAUGAUGCUUUGGAGGGCAGGGAAAAUGAAUGCGGUGGGGUCUCUCUUCCCCGUGGAGCGGUGAGCGUGGUUGGUACGGCUAGUCUCAGCGGAGAUAAUUACACCGUGCAGAACCGUUGGAGCGUAAAUUCUAACAAGGCCAAUGGAAACAUGAAAAAGUACUCCGUUUCGUUCAGGAUCGACGAGGGCGACAACGGAAAAGACUGUGACAGCGGUGGGGAGGAAGUAAAAAUGGGGGAGCCUGGAAAGGGAAGGGACAUCAGUGAUAAUACAUAUGUUAGCCCUUCCCCCCUGGAUAAUACGCAUAUGGGGAUAGAAAAUGAACAGAAUGACAAUAUUCAUGGGAAUAACCCUGGCAACCUUUUCGGUGCAAGUCAGGAGGGAACGAAAGAGCAACAAAUAGAUGACAAGCUGCUGUGUGCAGGUCUGAGGAUAAUAGAAAUGCUGGGACUGUAUGACGAAUUUGAGCAAACAUACAAAAACGAUACGCAGGAAUAUUACGUGGAGAAGGUAAAGGAGCAUAUGUCGAAGGAUGGAAUUGACCCAGAGGAGAAGGAAGAUACCAAUUCGAAAAAGCCAAACGCGAAACGUGACCUCCCCGAGGAAAUCGAAAAUUACCUGUGCCACGAACAAAUGAGAUGUCGGAAAUUUUUAAAAGAAGAAACAGAAAUAGCUAUUUUAAAAAUGCUAAAGGAAGAAUUAAUAGUAAGAAACAAAGACAUACUUUUUAAAAAUGUGUACAUAAAGCAUUAUAUUGAGAAUGAGAAGUAUGACAGUCUGAGGAUGCUCUACCUAUUUUCCCUUCACAUGAACGACACGGAAAAUUUUUGUGAUAUAUUUUUCAAAGCAGUGGAGGAAAUAGGCCUUGAAAUAAUAGACGAAGUGCUAAAAAAAAGAGACAAUUUAAAUACCCUCUACGAUGCACUCAUACGAUUAGUAAAUUAUAAACUAAACAUUGACAGAGUGAUUAUCAUCUCCUUUCGAUAUUCUUCUUUCUUUACAAACAAAUGGAAAGAAGUUUUCGAGCAUUUUCUGAACAAGGGAAAUCAUGCAGAGAAUUACAUGCCAGUAAUACUCAGCAUUUACCUGAACAAUUUAUUGAUGAUGUAUAAUACAGGCUUGAAAAAGCUGAAGAAAUAUUACAUAAUAAAUAAACAGCUGAGGAAGGGAAGAAGCAAGAAAAAUAACUUCCUCUUUGAGAAGAACUGGUACAGUUUUUGCAACGAAUCUGUUAUCGAGGGGGUGGAACAGGAAAGCUCAAUUUCGACGGACAGCGAUACAAUGAUGGUGAUUAAGAAGUAUUUAAAGAAUAAGAAAAGAAAAAGAAAAUUCCAUCACGGGGUGUCACACUCACACACCGGUGAAGAAAGUAACCAUUAUGAUAUCCACGCCGCAGAAACCAACUACAGUAGCGACAGCUGUGAUGAAGAAAUGAUACACGUCCACACAGAAAAAAUGGAAAAGCUAUUUAAAAAGUACCACGACGUAGGGAAGUACAUUAUAAACACAGUUACCAUAAUUCUAAGUCUUUUUAAAUACCUAAGUGAUAAAGAAAAAUUUGAAAAAUAUUAUCGAACAUUUAUGUGUAAACGAUUAAUAAAUGACAAAAGUUUUAACAUCGUUCUGGACGUGAAAGUUUUUAAAACUCUUAAAAAAGAAUGUGGUCCUCAAUUUACCAAAAAAAUUGAAACCAUAUUGAAGGAUAUGAAAUAUUCAUGUAAAGGCAUGCAGGAUUUUUACAGAGAAAUUUCACACGAUGGUAUAAAAUUACUCAAAAAGAAAAAGUACGCCGUUAACGUUAUAUAUAAUGAUGUGUGGGAACACAACAAAUUAGAGGGUGAUAUUAUUUACCCCGAAGCUAUAAGGUUAUGUAAUGAUUAUUUUUGCAAAUAUUAUGCACUUGCGAAUAAGGCAAAAAAUAUUAAGUUCCUUCCAUUAUAUGGACUAUGCACUUUGAAAGUCGAUUUGGGGAAAAUAAAAGGGAAAAAAUAUUCUACUUCGAGUGGCUCCUCUUGGGAAAAUGCAGACCAUCGUGAAGUGGCAAAGCAUUUGGCAUGUACAGAAAGGGGCACCAGAGGUGCUAGAAGAAGUAGCAGGAACGGUCCCCACAAGAGCGAACACAAUGUUCAUGAAGAGGAAAAUUGCAAAAAUCAGAAGAGGUUCCUUUUCACCGUAACCAUCCUGCAAGCAACCGUUUUGAUGCUAUUCAAUGAGAAGCCCCAAUACAGCAUAACCGAAUUGACCGACCUGACAGGAUUCUCCAGGGACCAUUUAAUAGAGUACUUACAAGCCAUAUACACUGGCUACGAAACGAACAUUUUGAUGUAUGAUGAAGCAAGUGAAAUUUUUCAGUUAAAUGUGAACUUCCAAACGGACAAUAAAUAUUUAGUGGUUAGCUAUUCAGACCAGACGUAUAAGGACAACACAGCCAUACCUGCGUUGACACAGGACGACAAGGAGUUGGAAGACAGAAGCCUACACAUGGAUGCAUCCAUUGUGAAGUUUUUAAAAACAUGUGGAAAAGCAUCCGAGAGGGACAUUUGUGCGCAUACUCGCCAAAAAGUUAACAAUUGCACGAAUGAGCAAAUUAAAAGCAGGCUGGCAUCCCUCAUUAGUAGGGAGUUUAUAUUCUUGCAAAAUAAUACUUACUAUUUUGAGUUGUGA